CAGCACACGAUACUACCAGUAGCAACAGAAGAAACCAACCGACCAACAACACAACAAAGGAGCAAUAAGCAAAAAAGAUGGCGGCGGUGCUCAGGAUUCAAAAAGAGAUCGAUUACUACAGCGUAAAUUGCCAAAACGAGGAAGAGAAGGAAGCGCAGAGUCUGCAACACCCAGACCAAGAGAACGAACAAACCAAACAAUGUGCCCUCGUUCCGAAGACUGACGUUGUCGAGAAUGCCAUCGCGGGCUGCGGAGACGAUGUCAUGCGCGACGCUUGCAACGUGAACGCGGGCGACGUCGAUGAACCCAGCAACUGCAACAACAACAACGGCGACAGCAGCUGUAACAAGAACCAAUCCGGUUCAAGCGAUACGGACGACGGCCAAGACGUUGACCCGUGCAAGCGGAUCGAGAUUGGCGAAGUUGUGGGAAUCGAAAACGAGGCCGGGUCCUCGACGGAGGAGAAAGCAAUCGAUGCUCUCGAAACGAGCGACGGAGAUGCCCUCCCGAUCGAUCCGGAUGGGGGCGGUGUGGCGAUUGCCUCGUCCUGCGCUGCCCCGGAUCGUUCUCCUCUUCCCCCGCCCCGGGAAGAGGGCAUCGGCGAUGGCGGCGAUUCGCUGCCAAUCGUCGAGGCGGCGAUAGUGGCAAUGGAAACGUCGCCCGACCCUCAAUGCGACGACGUUGUCUCGAUGGAGGAAAUCGAAAGAACCAAAGACGAACCAACGCCCACCGACGAAAUCGUUCCCGCCGCCGUUGCUGUUUCCCCUCCGCCCAGAGAAUCUCCGUACGGAGGCCUGGAAAACCUCGGCAACACGUGCUACAUGGCGAGUGCCAUACAACUCUUGUGCGCGCUGGACAGUUUCCCGUCCGAGUUGAGGGCCAGGAUGCUGCCCCGGGACGUCGGCAACGAAGAGUCCAAGGACGAUGGCGAUCCCGAAUCAACGUCGCAGCAGCAACGUCUGUUGCCGCAGCUAAGCAACAAUUCGCUACGGGGUGCUCUGAUCGACACGAUGGACAGGCUCGAAAAGGGAGAAACGGUUCGGCCCGACAAGCUCAAGCGGUGUGUCGACUCUCGGACGAGCCUGUUUCUGGGCUACCACCAGCAGGACGCGCACGAGUUUCUCACCAAGUUACUAGACGUGAUCGACGAAGAAUACAAGGCAAAGCCAAAAGCGGACAAGAUCGAGGAAGAAGAAAAAGAGGAGAGCGAGCCAGCAACAUCCUCUGCAACAAUAGUGGUGGAAGACGACGAGAGGGAAGCGGUGGCCGAAUCCGGUGAUUGUGACAAGGACGUCGUUUCUAGCAUGGACGAGGGAAGUGUGCAAUCGAGACGGGAAGACGAAGAUUCGACGGGCUCAAUAACGAUUUCCGAGGAAGAGGAAGAUACGGGAUCGCUAAAAAGCAGCGACUUUGUUUUGAAUGCCGACGAAGGAAGUCUAGAACCCAGAGAGGAAGAUUACGAAAAUUUUGCGAUUGCUGAAGUUUAUGGCGAGAAACCGCCACCCAACGAGGACGUCGCGAGCAUGGCCGAAAGUAGCAUCCACUGUAACGAAAACAACAACAGCGGCGACCAGGACUGGCAACCGCAGGAUUCCCCUUUCAAGAGACAAAAAGUGAUAGAAGACCACGGCUCGGUCGAUUCAGAAAUCGCGAAAGACUUGCGGAAUCCCGAGGAGAGCAACGACACCGACACCGACACUCUGAUUCCAAAGUCAAAAUCCUUCAGCGAAUUCAAGUUCUCUGACAUCGAAGGUCUGCUGAACGGCCAAGAAAAGGAGUCUUCGGAGACGGGAACACCCGAUCACUCGUCCCAUCCCGAAAAACCAACCUCUAGGAUAGAAGAGCCGAAAUGCAAGCUCGCGGGGGGAAGAAUGAACAUGGUUGGGGUGGAGCUGACCGGCUUGGUGGAAGACGAGGAGGACGUUCAGCAUACCGAUGCUAGUCUCAGCAAGGCGACUCCGGAGCAACAAGUCGUCGAAGACGAACGCUUCGACGAGGAGGAGGAGGAAGAAGCGUUUUCUCCCGUUACGUCGAACUUUACCACCAAGGUCCGGGUCUGUCUUACCUGCGAGUCUUGCAAGUUUCGCAGAAGCCACAUCGAGACCUACCUGCACCUGUCCCUGGAAAUCAGCAACGACUCGAGCGACGACGAUGGUAUCGGCGGCUUUGGACCCCUCUCGACCGGCAGCAUCGACGACGGGCUCCGGAAGUUCUUUGCACCCGAAAAGAGAGAGAUCAAGUGCGAAAAAUGCUUCCACACGAGCGCCAUCCAGACCACAGAAAUCACGCAGCUCCCGCGGAACCUGCUCUUCCACCUGAAACGCUUCAUCGUCGACGUCAGCCCGGACUACACCUCGGUCUCGUACCGGAAGGACCACUCGCCGGUUUCCUUCGACGAGCGGAUCGACCUCGGGGCCUCUCGCGAGCGGAAGAGCGAUCGCCAUUCCUGCGACGACGACGACGACGACGAGGCCGGGCUCGGCAGGUUCCUGGCGUACGACUGCCUCUGCCAAGGGGAGGCCUCCUACGAGCUCAGGAGCGUCGUGAACCACAUCGGGUCGUCGGUGAACUGCGGGCACUACACGGCGGACGCCUUGCGGACGAUCGGGCCGUGGCACGAUGCCCGCGAAGGGGGGGGAGCACCAAGGGCCGGGGGUGGCGGCGAGAGCGAACGCGAGACCGACGGCCACCGGCAGUGGACGAGGUUCAACGAUUGCUACGUGACCAAGAUCUCGUCGAAGGAGGCCGUCGAGGACGCCUCCCAGACCGCCUACAUGAUCAUGUACGAACUGGUCGGGGAGUAAACACACCGGUUCGCCCGAGUGCGACGAUCGCAGAGUCGGAUAGUACAUAGGGUAAAGCUAGCGGGGGCACACAAUGCAUACACAUCAAGAACUGCCGUGUCGUUGUGAGUUUUAUGAUUAUCGUACAGUAGUUGUUGUUUUCGUUGCGUUCUUUGAACAAGCACAAAAGAACACAACAGAGUAUCGUUCCGGGGGUAUUAUAGGCAUUGAA